UUAUUGUUUGAUUCUAGAAUAUUGUCCGUACAAUUUUUGGCAAAUCUCGAACAAUGUCUGAAAGGGAUGCGAUGCCUAAGAAUGCUUUCUCUAUGUGAGAAUCAUAUUAUGACAUGCUCUGGUUUGGUUCCUAUUACGAUAAGCCUCGAUUUGAUUGGCAAUUUGAAGCUUUUAAGGUAUUUAAACUUAUCUAAUACUGAUAUUAAAGAAUUACCCGAUACGAUUUGCACUCUAUACAAUUUGCAGACUCUCCUGUUAGAAUAUUGCACACAUCUUUAUCGGUUGUCUAGUUCAAUCGGCAAUUUGAAGCACCUAAGAUACUUGAAGUUGUCAGCGUGCCGUAACAUCAAAGAGAUACCUGAUGGAUUGUGUAAUUUGCACAAUCUGCAUUAUCUGGGAUUGAGGAAUUGCAAUUCUCUUUCUCGUUUACCAACCAAUAUGUCAAGAAUGAUCAACCUGCGUUAUCUGUACUUUUUCAAUACUGGGGUGAGAGAGAUGCCACCACAAAUGUGCAAAUUGAAACAUUUGCAACAUUUAUCACCUGCCUUUCUUGUAGACAAAAAUGGUGGGUGUAAUAUUAGAGAGUUGGGUAAUCUUCAAGAUCUGCGUGGUUUUUUUGGGAUAAAAAAUCUUGAAAGUAUAGUGAAUGUUGGAGAUGUUAGGGAGGCCAAAUUGAAAGAUAAAAGGCGUAUUACAGUGGUGGAAUUAGAGUGGUGUGGUGAAACGGAUGAUUCAGAGAAAGCACGAGAGGUACUUGAGGCGCUUCAACCUAACACAAAUGUCCAAAACCUAAGAAUUUUGAAUUACAAGGGUACAAGCUUUCCGAGUUGGAUAGGGCAUCAUUCAUUCAGUCAAAUAGUAUAUCUGUCUCUAUCUGGAUGUAGUAAUUGUUAUUUGCUGCCGCCACUUGGACAGCUACCUUCCCUGAAAGAUCUUGAACUUCGGGGAUUUGAAAUGGUGGAGAGAAUAGGUGAUGAAUUUUAUUAUUCCUGCAGCAGCGGUAGUAUUGGUUCUUCUUCCAUGACUAAUGCACCAGUACUAGUACCAUUCAAGUCCUUGGAAUCUUUACGCCUCAAGGAUUUCAGUGAAUUAAGAGAAUGGAAGGAGUGGUCAUUAAUGAUGGGAGGUGAUGUUGGAGGAGGAGAAGGUACUAGAGCUUUCCCAUUACUCAAAACGCUUAAAUUAUCAGGUUGUCCGAAGAUAAAUGAGGACAGAUUACCUUCUAAUUUUCCAUCCUCCACAACUCUUCUAAUCAGGGAGGGAUGCCAACAACUGGUGGCUUCGCUCCAAAGUCAUCAACCUCCACGGCUGGGUGAAUUGCUGCUACAUAAUGCAGACGUGGUGUCAUUUCCACCACAAGAUGGAUUGCCCUCCAAUAUCCAUACAAUUUUAAUUUUUGGAUGUGACAAACUGAAGUCACUUGCGAAACAGGGAUGGCCGUCAAAUUUGAAAUCGCUUCGUAUUGAAAGUUGCAAAAACCUGUUGGUGGACGUAGAUUCAUUUCCGGAGGAAGGGCAACUUCCCACAACUCUGACUCGUCUUAAGCUUGUAUAUGUUGAAAAGCUUAAAUCAUUAAAUGGAAAGGCUCUUCGAGACCUGGUCUGCCUUGAACGACUCAGCAUUAAACAUUGCCAUCAGCUGCUGCGCUUGCCAGAAGAAAGGCUACCCGAUUCUCUUUCUCGGUUGACCAUCACAAGCUCUAUUGGUCGGCUAGCCUACAGGUGCAAGAGAGAUACAGGGGAAGAUUGGCCAAAAAUUGCUCACAUCCCUCGCAUCAAAGUUGUUAAACUUCCUUGAUUCAAGAUUCGGAUGAAGAGUAGUUUUAAUGAACAUGUCCCUCUUUAGUUCUCUCUACUGCAGUUACAAUGCCGGAAGCAGAAGUGCUGUGAUUCACCAUAGAGGAUUCGGCACUGCCAAACUUUUGGGUUUUCCUAUUCAGUUGUAGCUCUUCUUGCAUUUCAAUGUUCAGGUAACUUUGCAUGCUCUCUUUAACUCUCUCAAACUACUUUUCAGAUUUGAAUCCUUAAUACAUGAAUCUAUGAAGCUUCAUUUGUGAUUUUAACGCAUGCAGACUAAUCUCAUGAAAAUGACACAAUGUUGCAUAAGUGAAAAGGAAAUUUUAGAAGAUAAGUACAAAAGCUUCAUAGCAUCCGAAAUUUUUCUUCAAAACAUGCUCUUUUUGGAUAAAAGGUUAAAUUAGUUUCCACAAUUUUGGUACACGGAUGCCUCGUACAGUAGCGCUUGGAUCCUAGAAACUAAUAAAUCCAAUAAUUUGAAAGAUAAAGAGAAUACCAUGCAU